AACCACUUUCUGUGGCCGGGUCGGGCAACUCUGAAAAUGGCGGUGCGCGUUCCGCGAUUUCUUGCGCCGCUUCUCCUGGCAUGGUUUCGCGGGUCGCCUGACAAUUUCCAACCCACGCGGGUGUCCGAGCUUCUGUAAACAAUGCGGUGGGACGGCCGAAAUCUUCGAAAUUCCAGGCGCCUAAAUACCGCGCUAGUGAUACCCUAAGCAAGCAGGGCGAGUGUUGCGUCUCUCAAGAUAGGAGUGCCACCGAGUAUUGCUUCAUGUCAGGUACGGCUGUCUCUCGAUGCAGAAAACGCUCUCUGCGAAGUUUAAGCGGUCUUCACGACGCAGACCCGACCCAACCAUCUUGCCACGUUUUGCCGCUGUGCCAGGGUAACCGGAUGUGUGCGCGUGGUGCGAAUCUUGUCUCGAGCGAUAAGUGAUCAAAACGUCGACCGCCACAGUGCUGCAUCAUGCGUCAACUAAAGGUUGGCGACACCUUCGACUCGUUCACCGAGUGGAAGAGCACUCUGGAGGAGUUCUGCAAGGCGACCGACCAAGGCUUUAAGGUUUACGCGUCGAAGUCCGUGAAGAGCUACAAUAAGAAACUCGAGCAGAGCCGGCUCAAGUGCAAGACCAAGCUGCCGGCGCCGGAGAUCGUGGACGAGAAAUGGCAGUUCACCUACGUCCAGUACUGCUGCGUACUGUCGCGCGGCAAAAGCAAGGCACGCGACGAUCCCAACGGAAAGAUAGCAUACAAAAAGUGCAAUGCAGCUUUGGGUAUCAAGUUUGACAAGCAGACGGAAAAGCUGGUUCUCAUCAAGGUAAACUUGGAGCACAAUCACUCAGACCCACCCGAGGCCCCUGACACUAACGCAGUCGACAGCACCAAUGACCUCUCACAGGAGGGCCUCACGGCGCUGCAAGACUCAAACUUGGGUGACCUGGAAGCCGAUGGCGAUGGGGAUGCCCAGAUUGAAGCUGAUGGCGAGCAGGCGGGUGAACCCGAGUCCAGCUCCAGUGACGAAAGCGAUGACGAUGAGGAUGGCAUGGAUCCGCUGCAUACUGGCGUUGGUGAGGAGUUUCGGGCACUCAGUGUGCGCCAUGCCCGGCAGUUGCAGCUUACCCUGGGUGGUGCCAGUGGCAACGGUGCUGCCACAGACAGCUCGCUGCGUGAGGCUACCGAGAUCGCGUCGCUGCUGCGCGAGCUGGAGAAGCUGGAGGAGGCAGAUGCCGACGCCGCGGUCUCUGUCAUCGUGGGCGCCGGUGACGCAGUGACGGCUGUGUUUUUCCAGACAGGUGCCAUGCGCCGAUCGCUACGCCAGUUCCCCGAGCUGCUGCUCUUCGACAGCGGCUACACGUUCGCCGCCAUGGCGACGGGGCCCGGGGGACGGCCCCGGUUCUCGCUCGCCUCGUGGAGCGGUCACGAUGCGGCCGGCCUGGGCUGUCCAUUUGCCUUCGCGCUCGUCAUGCGGCCCGUGCGGCUUGUCGUCGGUCUGCUGAUGAGCGUGUUCACGCAGGCCAACCCCGUGGCCUCCCAGGUGCGGCUGCUGCUGCUGGGCAAAGAGCAGCUCAAGCUGCAGGGCCUGCGGAACUUCUUCGACCAGGCAAGCACCACGCUCCUGUGCCACUACCACGUCAUUCGCUCAUUGCUGAGCAAGAUGGACCAGCUGAAGAUGCCGCCGUCGGAGCAGGAGCGGGUGUGCCGAACGCUGCGUGCCAUGCUGGCAUGCCUGCACGAGCGCACCUACUCGGACAACCUGCGACGUCUGCAGGCGGCCAAGGGGCGCUUUGCCAACCACUUCCAGCACGUGUGGCACGAGCAGCGGGACCUCUGGGCCGGCUUCCGCCGGUCGGGCCUGGUACCCUGGUGUGCAGGGGUCAACGACCGCGUCGAGGCGCUCGUCCAGUUCCAGCAGGCGGUGUGCAACCAGUCUCGCAGCCUGUGCGAGGCCGUGUGCAACCUGGCUUACGGGGCGCACGGCGUGCUCGCCCAGACCACCACCGAGGCAAUGCUGGACGAGAUCCGCGAGUACCACGUCCAGUUACUCGACUACGAGGCGCGCCUCAUUGCCGCCUGCUGCGACUAUGCCGCCGUCCACGUGCUGGUACAGAUACGCAUCUCGCGCUCGCACAAGUUUUCGGUGCUGGCCUCGGGCUCGCAGCUCGUGGUCAAUUCUAUUGCGGGCAAGGGCACGCUGCCCCUGGGCGGCUUCGCCUGUGACUGCGUCUUCCGCCAGACCUACCGGCUGCCAUGCACGCAUGCCUUCGUCGUGGCACAUGCCCGCAACAUCGAGAUACCGCUCGACGAGGUGGCGCAGCGAUGGCGGAGGUGCGGCCCAUUCCCAAUCGACCUGACUGCUGGCGGCACCGGAGGUGCCAGUGGCGAAGUCAACGAAGGAUGGGCCGGGGAAGGGCAGCGCGAGUACCAGGAGCGCAUGUCACGGGCCCGUGACCUCUCCGAGGCGCUGUGCUCGGUAGCAGCGCACAGCGCACCCGACGGCUGGCACCAUAUGCAGGCAGUGCUCACGCGGCUGUACCGCACCUGGGCACGGGACCCGGCAGCACGCAUCACACUCGCGCUCGAGGAUGGCACGCCGCUGCCCAUCAGCCCUCCGCCACCGCCGCCAGGGACCACGACCACGUCACAACACACAGCAGUGCCCUGCGGUGGUGUUGGCACCAAGGGCCAGCCAGUGGUGCCAAAGGACGAGCUGCUCGAUGCCAUGGACGAGUUCGAGCUGUCCCAGAAGGAUGCCAGCAACAUGGCCUCCGGACUGGAAGACAACCACCACGCUGCAAUGCUUUCGGACGAUGACGCCGACAUGCCACGUGACAGCGUCAAGAGCAACGUGUUUGCCGGCACCACCCAGCUAGAGAAAACCGAGCCCCCCUGCUCCCCCGGCGGGCUGCUCAAUGUGCCCAGUGGUCACCACCACCACCACCACCACCACCAGGGUGGUGGAGACGGUGGCGACGGCGUGACGUCGUCCGGCCUGGGCAACAUCAAGAUGCCCGACGAUGCUGUGUUUGGCUUUUCGGGGGGCAUCUUCAAAGAUGGGGCAGCCGAGGCUGCUGGAAACAGCACCGAGCACCACCACCAGCACUGCGUCGUCUCCACGGUGGCUGGAACGACCACGUCGACAACCAGUACGCCUGCGUGUGAGGAGGCCAAGCUGUCGGCCGAGGAAGAAGUGUACCGGCUGCACUCGGGCGACCUGUCAUGCUUCACUGCCAGCAUCAGUGGCGCCAACGAGGGAACACAAGCCACUGGAGAGCAGCUGGGAGACCUGUUUGGCUAUGGCUCGGACUUUGCCAAGGGCCUCCAGGCCGAGGGUCGGGACAGUCCCGUCCUGCUUAGCAUCAAGGACGACGAGCUCAGUGACGGUUCCAAGGAGGUGGCACGCAUAAAAUGGGACAAUGAGGAGAGCUACAAGCUCCUGGACAGCAUCAUGGAGGCAGAUGCAUCGGAGAAGCUCGACUGUGUAGCAGACGAAAUGAUGGCUACCGAUCCAACCGGGCAACAGCUUCAAGCCAGCAUGGAGAGCGCAGCACGCAGCCUGCUCGAAGACAUCAAGGCCAGCUCCGAGGCGCCACCUCAAUGACUCUAGGCCAUUCAGCUGGAUCUUGCUGAUUCAUGCUCAGUACUGGUACAGUGUCUGCCUCACCUCAUUGGCACUUGUUCCUAUGAGAGCCGCGAAAAGGCUAGUCAUCUGUCCGUGAACUGAAGUACUUGAACCCAGUACAGUGCACCUCUACUCAACCUGUGUUCAAUGGUUGAACACAGAGUGGAAAAUAAUCGCACAAUGGCACAGAGUGGAAAAUAAUUGUGAUUCGGGAAGCAGAGUUUGCAGACAGUUAGACCACUGCGGAAGAGACAAUAACCAUGUGUGCUCUUCAACAGAGUUCUUGCGAGUCAUUCUGCAUCAUUCUGAGCGAAUCGUCAGAACCCCAUCUGUCCUGAUCCUGCCGCCACCAGAAAAGAAAGUGCACCGGAUUUCAAAUGUGGGUCUCCCACUCUUUCUCGCCUUCUUUUCUGAUUGACGCGCAUUCAUUGACCUCAACUUCACUGUGUGGCCGUUGUACACCCAUUGCAUGCCCACUGUGUUGCUCCUGUGUGCCUGCCUGUUACUGUAUUCCUUGUGUUUCCUUGCAAAGUGCUGGUAUAGCAGUGCGUUGCCCAGGCUGCAACAUUGUUGUAUACAUCAGCUGUAGAUGAACUUCCCACUGUAAAUUCAUGCACUGCCCCUUUAUCAGCCAGUACCAUAGCACAUCAUUGAUGUCAUUGAGGCGUUCUUGGUCCAGAAGUGCCCACUGUGGCGCUUUUUGAAAGCAAGCUCAAGAAAUUUGACCAAGCACACAGAGUGUUAGUUGUGCGCCUGGCAUUGCUAGUUUUGUGUCAAUGAACUCCACCUCGUUGUGAAGCAUGGACAUGCCCCCUUGUAUUGUGUGCUUUAUUUGGAAGACAUCGCUCGUGAUGGUCAUCAACAUAAUUGGAGGCUGGCAGGAUGUGUCACGUACAGAUCUCCUACUUUCGUGGCCACAUGCCUGCAUGCCAACGGGCUCUCUUGGUGUGGAAUUAUUCUAGCGCGCGUUACAGCAGUUCCGACAGACUCGCACAUUUGUGCUCUGCAUCUCCCAAGUGUGCUGUGAUCGCAUUUAGUGGAUGUGUUGAUGAUAUCUUUACUUUUAUUACAAUUGUAUGGAACUGCGUGCACCUUACGCGCGGAAUAUUUUAUGGUUGGCUCAACUUUUUCCGAAGACCAGUUGAUUUCUUCAUCAAAUUGAGAUUUCGUGUACUGUACUUAAAGUCAUAACUGUUGUGAAGUGUUGAAUGGCAGCUGCUGCUGCUGUAGUGCAUAGCAAAGAAAUUAAUUUCCUUCAGGGCAGUGCAAGCAACUGCAAAGUGUUCCUGCCAUCACCCCACCUUCCCAGCUAUCACUUCACACCACUAAGAAGUCACUAAUGCUACCUUUUUCUGCCUCUCUGUUGCUGCUUUUGCGAGAGUGUAACAGCCUCCCUCUGCUAUUGGUGAACCAUAGCUAACAACUUUUGUGCAGUAUCGAUUCACUUGUCAGUACCUGUGCUCCGUGAGUUAGAUGCCUUGUCAGUUUAAUUGUGGUUUGUUAUGCACAAGAUCAGUCCUUGUGUUCCGGCAAAAAGGGAUGUGUAGGUUCAGCGUAACAAAGAGCGGUACCACUGUAACAGCUUCCUUGUAGAACCAACAACCAGAACGAUAGAUGACACAGGGGACAGCCUUUUUCCACAAGUUGUUGCACUAAUUUGGCUCAGUUUUGCAAAAAAGUAAGCCUUAAAAGCAGCAAUCACUUGUCUGUUGACAUGCUCGGGCGUUAAAGGGACAGUAAAGGCAAACGUUAGGUCGUGUUAAAGUGUCACACUAGUGUUGUGAAAUGUCCAAUAAGCAAUGUUUCCUAGAACACAGAUUUUGUAAGAAAAUGAUGUAAAUGUGUGGUCUAGGUUAGCACCGCCACUGCAGUAGUACAGAAUCAUCUCCCAGCGGUGUCUUAUGCCCCAGUCAGACGAGUAAAUUUGGUGACACUUUGAGCGAGUGCACGUCGUCGUUAGUGUCACUUGCAGGCUGUCAGACGGAAAGGUCUAGUGACACUUGCUGUGGAGUGCACUUGCCAGCGAGUGCGAUCGACAAACUCGCUUCGCUGCACUGAAGUGUGUGGCCUCAAUAGCAGUGCUUCAAGAAUGUUUAAAUAAAUGCUCACAGCAGAGUCAGCACUAAUAAUAAGACCACUUUUCUGUGAUUUCAGAUGUUAUGAGCAUCUUUGCGACAUCAGUGCAGCCAAAACAAUCUUGAAAUGUUAAUUUACCGUGGAUGUCGUCAUUUUUACCCUGUGGAUUUUGGAUAUGUUCCACACCUGUAUUGGCUCAAAACAAAUGGACGUGUUAAUGGGACUACACUAUUUCUAUUUUUGAUUGCGAAGGUUCUCGUAAAAAAGCAUUCUUUUUUCGUAAUAAAACAGUAACCCUUUCUAAAGUUCAAAUUGCCGAGAAUCAUAUCAACCACUAUGGCUUCAAGGAUCGUCAUCGUCAUCAAUCCAUGCAUCAUCAAUCUAGUACCAUGCCGCUGAAGUGACACUCAACGAGGCGAAGUGCACUCGCUCAAAGUGUCACUAGAUUUGCUUGUCUGACUGGCGCAUUAUACCCCAAAUAUUCUUGGUACACACUUUUAGGCAACCUUUUUGAUAAUAAGAAGGUACUUACAUUGUAUCAGGGGACGUAUUCUGCUACGAUUGCCUCAGCGAUACUAUUUCCUUCGCGUGGCGUAGGGCUCAACCAGCCAAUCACCGCGCGUGCCUACGGCGAUACUGUCGCCAAAAGUGACUGUCGCAGAAUGCAUCCCCAGAAUGGGAAAUUAAGUGGAGUUGGUUUCUGUUGGAAAAUCGUGCAGAAGAACUCAAUAAUGCCACCUCACUCAAUUGGCACUUCUUGUGAAAGUGUGGCGCCAUCUCUGUGUGGCAUUUGGACUCACUAGUGUGGUAGUGUCUGCCAGAGCAUGACCUCCAUGACGGCCGUCGACACGUAGGGCACUCAAUCAACACCAACUUACAGAUUGCCUUUUUAUAACUUACAUUCACCCGUUUUGUCAGGAGACCUGCUGUCUCUUGUUGCAAUUUUCUUAGCAACCGUGGUACCGAACACCAGCAGGUUUUCUGGGCGACAAUCUGUCGCUGUUGUUGGACUCAGUAUAUUUGUCAUCAGUAUCGCUUUAAGUAAAAGCAAAACAUGCUUUCAUUCUAACUGCUUUGAAACUUGAGUGAGGCACUUGUAGAAGUGAGGUUUGCGGUGGUGUAGCCAGGAAUUUUUCUUUUGGAGGGGGGAGGAGGCAUGCACCUAACCGGGGAAGGGGGGGAGCAUGUGCCCAGUAUGCCCUCGCCACUGGCUGUGGUACAGUUGUACUGACGACAUGGCAAGUAUUGUGACGCCUUACUUGCACUGUUCCUACAAAAAUGGCUGACAUUAGAGGAGUCAAAGUGAACAAGAGCAGCCAGCUUGAAAUCAAGCAUCCUUUGACAUUUUUACCACGAGGCAGGUGUGCCAACUAGUGCACUCAGAAUGCAUCAGCCAAGUGUCAGGUGAUCGCUUGGGCAGUUGCCACUUUAUACAAGUUUGCUUCACUCACGGCAGCUUCGUGCGUAACCGUUGUCAUCGUCAAGGGAUCCUUUGCGAGAGAAAGGAAUUAGUGCAUCACGCGGAUGUUACGAAUGUGGUUGCUGGUAUUUACCAUGUAUGCUGUCUCAGCUUCACGUAUGUUCAAAGUGGCCUAACCUACUCUUUCUCUUUUUCGUUUCUUCUUUUUUUUUAUGGGGCUGAGUAUUUCUAAGUUACUUCACAUCAUUCCGCUGCACAACCGCUUGAACAAAGUCACUCUUACGCAGACUUUUUUGGGACGUUCACUUCUGCAUUUAUUUUCUUGUGAUUUAUGAAAAAAAAAUAAGUAGUAGCAUUCUUGGUUUUGCCCUCAGGCCUCUCACACUUUUCUACACUGCCUCGAUUGACCACAUAGCAUGCAUAUGCCGUAUUUUCUCGUGUGCUACCUGCGCUACAAAUUUAAGAAGUUAAACGAUGAAGCAGGUGAUAUAUAAGAAUUUUUGCCUUGCUCUUUGGCUUAACAGCGACACAUAGUGCAUUGCCAUUCACCGUGCUGCUGCAGAGAGCAGUUCAGAGACGGUUGAUGCCCGAACGUACAAAACAUUGUUUCAGGAUACUUGCUCUCCUGAUUAUAAUGAGGCAUUGUUUCAUAGGUUUACUUUCGCAAAGUACUCGUUCCAUGUUUUGUUUUUUCUUUGUGGGUUGGUGGUGGCCCGGUUAGCGCGGGAAAAUACAGUAAUCAUCAUGCUCCAUGUACUGAUUCUGUUCGAAAGUCAACUCACUUAUGGAGUUUCAAGACAGCAGUUUACAUAAGGUGCUUACCCCUUCCAAGUGUUGAAUUAACGUAUUUGCACGAAUAUAAUGUAAAUACUUUGUUUUCUACGUAAUAUGACCAUGAAAGAAUACCUCGCAUUCUAUUUGGAACUGUGCUCUGAAUAAAACACAAUAGUAUUUUACCCUGAUUUCACGCUUCAAAAUUCAGCGAGCUCCACCACGAAUUAAACGAGCCGUGUGGGAAAGCCAGCUUCUUAGUGUCCUAUGAAGAAUGCAGAUGCACUCGUGCAAUUAGAGGACGAGAGUCAGCAAUGUAGCAAGCGUGCAACAAGUGGGAAGCGAGGCAACAGCAUGCUAGGUCCAGGUAAUGUCUAUUUCUCGAGAGGGCUUAUCUAAGGGCUUUAAGGCCAACACGUCGAUCUUCUACUGCAGCAGAUUUCCACAUGGUCUUGCAUGUGCAAACACAGCUGCCGCGAUUCGCAUGUUUGGUCUCUCGAUGCAUCACCGUUAGUACGUUCCAGCACGGCACGAUAUACAAUCUCUUGCCGCAGUGCACAUCCAUGCGGACAUAGGCGCAUAAUCGGGCAUUCCCACGCGGUUGUACAUUACUGUACUGCAUUGUGCAUCACAUUUUGCUAAAACUGCUGCAUGAUGCAUCAUUAGUUCGCGUAAUAAUCAUGAUCUAACCUUCUUCGUUUUUUAAAUUCUAUAAGUCGUCACAGUGAGUGUAAGGACACUUCACAUUCUGUUCGUUGUCGUGUGACAUUUGUGCAAAUGCAAUAUUAGCAAAUGUGUCUGCUCUCCUUUACUGUUUGCUGUUACAAGCAGCAUCACUGAAUGAUUUUAUUCUAGCAAGUGCGAUCAAGUGGCAAUCGUACGUUGCAAUAUUGACUCCUACUGGCAUUCCUGGCUGAUCUUGUUUGCCGGCGUCAAGCCAGCCAAUUGCUUGGAAGCACUGUAGCUCUCAAUAGAAAGUUUCCAAUGCAUUCGUGAUUAAGCAAGGACUAACGAAGCUGGUAAUUGUCGUAUUCAAGUGGUUAGUGAAGGUUCCUUUUGUCUAGUUUUGUUAUAAAAUGCCGUAAUUGUAUUCACCGACCAGGUCAAAGUUGCAAAAAGUGAAGGAUGACAUUUUGGGGCCCUCGUCCUCCAUGAGGCAAACAAGAGUCAAUUUAUCUAAUAUGUAGAAGAUUGCACAAUCGUAUUGAGUAGACUGCCAUUAUAUAGCUGUCCAUCAAGUUCAAACUUUGUGGCAUUGUUUUUAGUAGGAAAUUUCUAGAAAUUCAAUUAUUGCCACUUCCAUUAUGGUAGCGGCAUUCUCCGAGUUUAAUGGAUCGACAUUUGCACCAAGUUAGUUGGAUCCUUGGUUUUCCUUGCUGACAUUGGGAACCUGUGGAGUUGUAUCAAGCUGUAAUCGCAGUGUUGAAUCACUUCGUGCAAGGCUUGUUGUGAAGCAGGCAGGUAGUGGUGCAGCUCUCACAUGUCUCACAAUGUUGUUGUCACUAGGAUUGAACAUUGUAGUCUUUAUCUUGGGAAGAAAGCGAUGGUGUAGUGUUAUGGGCUACAUUAAAAGGUAAGCCUGUGAGCCUGCUGGGGCCAAUAUGAGGGAAAACAAUUGUUCGUCAUCUGUUCAUGGUUCCUUUAUAUACUUUUAUUAAUUGUCAUCAGCUUAUUGAAGCAUGAACCCUGGUUUGCUGUACAAUAGUGUUUUCAUCUCUUAUGGUAUGAAAGGGCAACUCUCCAAAAACUGUGUAGCCAACGCAUGUGGUGUGUAUGGGCAGGUUUCUGCAUAAUGGGAAGACUGGUAAAAUAAGUACAUGAGAUUGACGACGUCAAGUUCAUUUCUAAUCUGCUGAUUCAAACUGUACAUACAUUCAUUCCAAAUGAAUAUGUGUGCAGUUCCAUACACAUUCUUUGGCAGCAGUGUAUAUUUUAUGGGGGCCUAUGCUAAUGAUGAAGGCUGUGUUUACCGAAAGACAUAAACUGCUUGCUUCUCAUAAUGUUCAUGCACAGUGUACAGUCAUCUUGAUGUGUUGUGAUCUGAAACUGAUGAACAGUCCACACGAAGCAUCAGCUGUUUUCAUGUAAUGUAUGUUAGCUUGUACAUAUUGUAUUUCUUUUAUUUUUUGAAUGGCUGAUGAGUCCAUCCUUCUCAAAGAGACCCCGAAUCAGUUUCAUUGGCUGAAACGAUUCGCACUGUUGUAACUUUAGAACACAAAUCCACACUGUUUGUUAGGGAAGCCAGUGGCAGCCAAAAAAAUUCAAAUCCUGCAUCCCCAUUUGCGACAUAUCGGAGCAACACAAAAGUAUAUUUUGGCGGCCAGCACAACUGGAGCCACUGUCUCAGCAAUACGCUCAUGUAGAGUCAACAUGUGCAGGUAGUGGACAUGUAUAGAUGUCCACACUUCUAACUUGGAGCACUUGAUUGGUGCACUGUGAAGCCAAGCAAGUAAUAUUUUGUGUUUGUGCUCAGUUCGUUAGACAAUGCUUGUUGGCAGCAGCAGCCCCACAAACACGGGUGCCACAUAAUAUUUAUCUCAUUAUCCCAAACCUUCCGAUUGCUGUGGCAUCACUUUUUGCUUGCUCUGCAGCAGUGCAGUCGAGGGCUUAACAAUCCUUAACAAUACGCUUGAGCAUGUAGUGAAGUAUUGAAUCGGCAGGAAAGAUCAUAAGUGCAGAGCAUAUCGGCAUAACAGCAAGAAAAGCUCUGUGCUGGACAAAGUACCUUAACCUCCGGAGACAUCUGCCACUGCCUUCCAGCAUAAUCAACCUUUCACUGUAAUGGCAGCCAUGUACUGAUCAAGAAACUAGAUGGUCAUUCAGUAAGCAAGAAAUUGCGAUUACCUGGCGAGAGGUACGAUAACAUUUUAUAUUUUCCGUACUAAUAAACUAUUCAAUUUAGGCCCAUGACUUGUGCUGAAGUUUGCAACUGCUACGAGCAUGGGCCAGUAAAAAUGAGAUUUUGCAGCAGUUUUCAUUUCCACAACUCCACACAAGCGCAUUUUGGGUGAAUGUAGUGAGUGUGACCACGAAGUGUAUUACAAGACAUGCUUUGAUGUCUUCAGCAACUGCAUCGGGGUUCCUUCGAGAGGGUGCACUGAUAGCUACUCUAGUCAUGACCACGUAGUUUGUCAUGGCUAAAUUGGAGCUGUGUAGUUUGGACUGCAUGUACAUGUAUUGUUUGAAUGCGCAGUGCUAGUAGUAGUGUGCAGGGUGUCUUAAUGGGUUGCAUUUAUUCACUCAUGCCGUGUGUUAAUCAGUGCUCUGAAUGUGUAUUAUUGUCCAACAGAAGGUACUGAUUGAUGUGUAAUAUGUUGACAUGUCAACUCGUAGGUUCCCUCUUGUGAUGGGCUUUCAUUUCUUCCAAACGCCAGAGCUCAUGUUAUUGUAGAGAACAGCCCAGUCUACAGCAAUACCUUGUCCCGUUUGGCAGGUUGACAAGCAUGACAAAUCCUUCUCUGUCAGUGGGGGAAAAAAAAGUCUUAUUGUCCGCAAAAGCGUGUGCCCGUUUAUAUUCCCUGUAGCUCUAAUUCUAGUUCAUUGUGGUAGCACUCCUUUAUCGGAAAGAAUGUUAAAGGUUGUAAGAAUUGUGGCUGCAUUGACACCAAAGCUUAUUUUUUGUACCUUAUUUUUAUGGUAGCUUAGCCAACCAAUGCAGCGUUUGUGUGAGACAUUUCUACUCAACCUUGGUGAGGCAGGUUCAUUGAAACAUAAUUACACUCACUGGCACCUUAAGCCCAUGAGCAUGAAUUUUCACAUUUUCUCAUUUUGUGCGCAACAUUUAAUCUUCACCACGCCUUUUUUUUCUCUCUCUCUUCGAUUUGUUGCAUUUGAUUCAUCGAUCGCCCUUUCAUCCGCAUUGUUCUUGUACAGCUACUGAUGAAUUUUGUGUACUGCAUGUUGUCAUGUUGUCUAUGUUGUCAACAAUGGCUUCGUGGUCUUAAAUAUAUUGCAGUGAAAAAAGG